AUCAUCAUCGACCUCGCCGUCGUCAAGGAAGAACCCUACCUCUCCAUCAACCCAAACGGCCGCCUCCCGGCUAUCAAGGACCCCAACACGGGCAUCACGCUCUGGGAGUCAGGCGCCAUUGUCGAGUACCUCGUCGAAAUGUACGACGACGCCGGCGCGCUGUCCCUCGCGUCGCGAGAGGACAAGUUUCUCUUAAAGCAGUGGUUGCAUUUCCAGGUGUCUGGACAGGGCCCGUACUUUGGCCAGCUCGGCUGGUUCAAGCUCUUCCACCCCGAAGACGUCCCCAGCGCAAAGGAGCGGUACGAAGAGCAGACCGUCCGUGUCUUCUCCGUCCUCGAUCGCGCUCUCAAGGGGAAGAAGUAUCUCGUUGGAGACAAAGCGACCUACGCCGACAUCUCCUUCAUGCCGUGGGAUUACCUCGCUAGAAAACUCAUCGGCGAAGGGUGGACCGAUAAGUGGGAGGUCGACACCAAGUAUCCCGACUACGCCGCCUGGGCCGAGAGAAUCCGCGCCCGGCCCGUGGUGAAGAAUGUGCUGGAGACUAUGGGGAAACAGAGGGCUGCUGAGGAGGAGCAGGCUAAAGCUCAGGAGUGA